CCCCUCGCUAGCCGUGCGUCACGUGACCGGGAGUAACGGGCGCGCUGGAGGUGAGGUUGAGCCGGGAUGGCAGACCUAAAUCAGCUGGUGGAGCGGCUGGAGAUUGUGGCACAGAGGCUGGAGGCUGCCUUCCCUGGAGGAACUGGUGGCCCCAGUGGAGAUGCAAUCAAUGGCAUUGAAGAAGAGGUGCCGCCAUGCGUGGAGGCAUUUGACAGUAUCCUGGCCGGGCCUGUAGCCCAGUACCUUCGCUACAGCCGUGACAUCGGCGGAGAAGUGGCGAGCCACGCCGAGAUGGUAAAAACAGCUCUUCAUGCGCAAAGAUCGUUUCUGGUGACCGCUGCCAGGUCACAGCAGCCUUCUGAGAUGGCCCUGAUGCAGCUCUUGAAGCCCAUCUCGGAGAAGGUGCAGGAGGUGCAGGGACUGCGGGAGAGGAACCGCGGCAGCGUGCUCUUCAACCACCUGUCGGCGGUCAGCGAGAGCAUUCCUGCACUCGGCUGGGUCACCAUGGCCCCCACGCCAUCGUCUUACGUGAAGGAGAUGAAUGAUGCGGCGAUGUUUUACACAAACCGCGUCCUGAAGGAGUAUCGCGACUCUGACAAGAGGCACGUGGAGUGGGUGACAGCAUUCCUGGGCAUCUGGAAGGAGCUGCAGGCCUACAUACGAGAGUACCACACUACCGGCGUCGAGUGGAAAGAUUCGAACCCAAAAGCAAAAGAGGCAACCUCAGGUGCACUCUCGACGCCUCCUCCUCCCCCUCCUCCCCCUCCACCCCCGGGUCCCCCGCCCCCUCUGCUGCCGUCCCUGGCGAGGCAGGACAGCGCGACGGGAGACCGCUCGGCGCUCUUUGCCGAGAUCAACCAGGGCGAGGGGAUUGCCAGAGCGUUGAAGCACGUGUCGGACAAAGUGAAGACCCACAAGAACCCAGGCCUCCGUGCGCAGGGCAGCGUGAGCCGGGGGGACAGUCCACAGUCGUCGCCCCACAGGGCGCUCGCCGCUCGGAAACAGCAGCAGCCCGUGCUCGAAUUAGAAGGCAAGAAGUGGAGAGUGGAGUACCAGGAGAAUGCCGAGGGUCUCCUGAUCGAGGACACGGAGCUCAAGCAGGUGGUGUACGUCUUCCAGUGUGUGAACAGCAUGUUGCAGAUCAAAGGCAAAAUCAACUCCAUCAUCAUCGAUAACUGCAAGAGGUUGGGGUUGGUCUUUGAGAACGUGGUUGGCAUCGUAGAGGUCAUCAACAGCAAGAGUGUGCAACUGCAGGUGGAGGGGAAGGUCCCGACCAUUUCCAUCAACAAGACGGACGGCUGCCAGGUGUUCCUGAGCCCCCAGUCCCUGGACUGCGAGAUCGUGAGCGCCAAGUCCUCCGAGAUGAACAUCCUCGUCCCUGACCACGACGAUUACCGAGAAUUCCCAGUGCCCGAGCAGUUCAAGACCGUGUGGAACGGUCACAAGCUUGUCACCGAAGCCUCAGAGAUUGCCGGAUAGCCGUGGGGGGGUCUGUAGCAGCCAAGGGAACGUCUCCUGGCUGACAGUUCUUCAGGCUCUGCGUGCACGGUCGCGGAGAUUUGAUGUUCUUUCACCACAUGCCAUUCAAUAUUGCUCCUACCACAAACGUAUUAAUCAUGAAUUACUUAAACUCUGAACAGGUUAAACGAAGUAAAGCAAAUAUAAUAAAAAAGUAAAACGCUCAGGCUGAUGCCAGAUAGGAUUCAAUUAUGUAAUGAUAUAAUAUAUUAUAAUAGUUGCAUCGAAGCUAAACCUUCAUUGCUUUAUAAGCAGGUGUAAUUGAAUAUAAUUUGAGGUUUUCCACAGCUGAGACGUACGAUUAUCCAUCGGUGUAAAACUCUCACCUGCAGUGUCAUACAGAUGGUCGCGAGGUCAUUCUUUGCGCUAACGACUACGUGUUUAGUGCCAUGAUUAUUUAAGGAAAUGAUCUGCAAUGGUAAUGGUUGAUAUUCUUGUGUACAUAUCUAUACAUCUACAGCGAGCAGAGGCUGGCCAGGCAGCUUAGCGUCGGAGCCAGCGGCUCACAGUUGGAAUUGGCUCAGCCCAUCAUCCCACCAGGGUCGAUAACAUAAGUCCCGUGCAGAGACUCACCCCUGCCAUGGGAAUGUGUAAUUUCCACAACUGGGUCAGGGUUGUAGACGAGAGAUGAGCACUGCCUGAAAUCACUUUUAUUUAAUUUCUGACAGCUGGCAAAAAAAACGAGCAACUAAAAUUGUUAGGCCACAGAAAGGUUCUUAUCAUAAAUGCUCGCUUUUAAGAAUGUAAACGUUUCAUAUUCUUAUUCACAGAUGCGCAAGUGAAAAUUCAAUGGAAUUGAACCUUACUUGGGAAAAAACAAACACGUGCAUUGCUCAUCCUUUCCACCGAUAGAUUUUUCUGAAUACUGAAUGGGAAUCGGGAGGAUUUAAAAUCGUAUUGCUUAGACGAGGGUGGGUUUUUGGGAUGUUCUCAGUUUGCAUCGAGCACAGAGGCAGCGCUAUCGGAUGGAGGCGUUUGGCGAAUGCAGCUUCCGCUGGGAUGCGCACGGAGAGCGCUCGCGAAUUUGGGCAAUGCCCUAUCAGUAGCUCGGGAAGGGAAUGGGAGGGAUUUGAUUUUGGUCGUAAAGUGAUCCCCGGACUGUAGCGCUGAUCUGAAUCAGCCCCCUUUGAAUGCGACACUUCCCCCAUAAUGUCUCGCCGUAGGCCACAGUUGGCGAAAGUCGCCGGUCACGAUGUCGCCAUUCGUGUUCAUUGCAGCCCUGGUACGUGGUUCUUUUACACCAAGCACGGUUGGCUACGUACAGUGCGAAAGAAGUUACAAGCAGCUCCUUGGUGAGCGAGCUGGCAUACAUGAUGUACACUGUCGUGGGGAGAGAGUGCUGUCAAACCCAUUUUAAGCUUACAAACCAAAUUGCUGCACAUGAUGGAGAAAUUAUUAGGUCAUGGUAAUUUAAUUCGUUCAUGCAUAUCAAAGGCGAGAUGGUGUGUUCAAGAUUCACGAUUAAUGUAUCAAUCAAAAUAGUUAUAAUCGUAUAAAAUAUGUAACCAUCGUGGUAGAAUAAUCAAAAGUCUUAAACUGGCAGUCCGGUUUUUUUCCUUCUAGGCCACCAUCGACAUCACUGCAAUCGUACAAUUUGUGCCAGCAGCCAUGCGGUUUGUCAGCUGAAGCAUAUACAUGCUUUACACUUUAAAAUGGUAUGCUAAUCAUUGCCUUUGUGUACUGUUAAACACAAUAGUCAGCUCUUACUCUACAGAAUCGCAAAGAACAGCUGAUGAGUCGUUUUGGCAAAACGUUGAAACAAAGUGGAGUUUUUUUUGUUUGACGAACUACAAACAACCUUGCACAUUCAUGCAUCAUGCAAAGCGCGAUUUGGAAAAACGCCAGCUGUCCAUUUGCUUGUUGCGUUGUUUACGCACAACUACUGUGAUGAUUUUAACGCGUUGUUGUCGGCUUUGUUUAGUCCCGUGUGCAUAGCAGAGCAUGCUCUGCUACAUUUUAGAUGUGCGACCAUUGGGGCGUUAUCCUUUUGAGAGUUUUGUACCGAGCAUCAAUCAUUUCGUGUUGUGGUGGUGGCGCACUCGCCCGCGCCGCCUGCUGGCUGCGUCGCGGUGUCGCACUGGGCUCUUCACGAUCUCGGUGCGAUUCCCGGCUUUGCCAUCGAUGGCCUGCGAUUGGCCUCGCGAGAUGAAGUUGACAUGCUGGAGGAAUACUGAGUCACCCCCGUGAUUGUCAGCGGGCUGCGCUGGCCGAAAUUUGAUAUCCGCCUGCCACUCUGUACCCGGCUGCGUGCAUUCCUCCACCAUUGUGUGUGAGUGUUGGCUGCGGCUGGCAUGAGUGGGGCAACUCUGCUGGGGUGGUGAGGAUGGGAGGACCUCGGGAGCGGUGUUCGGGGCGGUUGGCACAGGAGAGAUCUGUGUUCUGGAGGAUUUAGCUCGAUGCAGUUAUGCCUGUCCAUAUAUCGCUUGCAGACGAUUAAGGAUUUGUAGAUUGCAGCAUGAUCACUGAAGACUAAAAGCUCAUUAUUAAGCAUGGAUACACUUGAGUAAACUUGCAAUAUGCUAGACAUGAUGGUCUUAUAAAGGGAACGAUUAGUGCUUUGCACAUCCAGUACAGUAUAACAGUACUCGUAUUAACUUUGGAAUUGCGAUUGGGUAGUAUUUUCAAGCUUUCAUAGAGAGAUUACGCAUUUGGGUUAUUAAAAAAAAGCUCACACCACACUACAUGCUUCGAAACGUGGGAACUCCUGAAAGCUUUCAAUUCGGGAGCCAAUUGUACCCGACAAAAGCCAGAGUGCAACUCGACACAUCUUGGGACGAGGCCGUGGCCCGUCCUCCACUGACGUCGCUGUUGUUCCUCGCGCUGCUCGCAAGCCGCUCGGCUCCGCCGGGAAGAGGGACCCACAGGGUGGCGAUCUUCCCGGUCGAAUGUUGUCCACCGCGUCUGCCAAGCGGCAUGACCACCACGUGGCAUCGAGCGGAGACCAGAUCAAGUAACGUAGACUCCUCGAUUCCCGGGUUUCAGUGCAGCGUGCAGGCAAGAACAUGUCUUGUUUGUCUUGCCACUUUACAACAUGAACAUAGGUCGGCUGUAUCGCGGAAAUGCCUCUUUUUACAGAGCACGUGGAAAAUUCGCAUGCCUGUAAAUGGGGUUGCCUCGUCAAUAAAAAACUUGGAACAUGAUGGGGAAAUGAAUAUCAAGGAGCCAACGAGGGGAGAGCUGCCUGGACAUGCAUUGUAUUAAGUGGUAUUCAGUGUUACUAUUACUGCUGUAUUACUACCCAACUGCCACAUACCGGCACGUCUAAUGCCCGCAGAAAACUUACACAUGACAGAUUUGCCAGUAUGAUUACCUUGGGAAAGUCAGUACAGGUGAUGACCCAUACACGACUACAUGUCUGUUUAAAGUCACUGCUGAUGAAGAUGUUUGAAAGGGUUUGUUUUCCUGAUUUCUGUACAUCACUGCCAACCGAGACACGUGUGUUUAUGUUCGUUGUAACAAACAAUUCUAUUUUAAUGUCAGCCAAAUUUGCGGCAAGGCAGUCGUGACCUCAGUACAAUAGUGGAGCUGAUUUCAUGCGGCGGUCUCAGUUUUGAUAUUAGAAGUUCAAAGUGGAUCGCCUUACUUACUCCCUACACGUGUGUGCGUAGGAUGCAGUUGAGUUAUACCAUUUAUUUUUCAAAGGCACGUUUACAAAUAAAUAUAUUUUGCAACAGGCACCCACGAGUACACACAAAUAAAACUGUAUAUGCCUGUGCACAGAUGCUUAAGACCUUAACGCGUGAAUAGUCGGUGACCAACACAACGACACCCUAGCCUCCUCUAGCGGUGGAUUCGGGCGUUGCAUCAGACGCCACCGUGGCACUAGACCCAACCACACCUUGCCAAUGCCUCUCUAGGUCAAUAAUGGGAUCGAUGUCAGUGCCACUGCUGUAAUUCACACUGAGCCACAUCGCCUCAAGUCAUCAUCAUCAUCAUCAUGGCUUGGCUUCGCGAACGAAGAUCUAGGAAGGACAUCCACGUCUUCUGCAGGCACGCUGGUGGCUGAAGAGGCCUAUGCGGGACAAGCAGGUCCUGCCACAACAGCUGCAAGUAUAGGUCUCAUCUGGGAUGGGUGCUGAGGGAUCAUGGUUCUUCCUCCUCCUUUUGUCCUCCAUACGGGCCCUGCGGGUAUCUUCGAAGAAGGAGGUGGCUUGGUGGACUGUGUGCCGCCAGGAGUUGCGAUCAGCUGCUUGUGUUGCCCACUGACGGUGAUCGAUGCAGCAAGCAGUGAGGGACUUCUUCAGGGAGUCUUUGUAUCGCUUUCGUGGUGCCCCUAUGUCUAGGUCAAUAAUGGGAUCGAUGUCAGUGCCACUGCUGUAAUUCACACUGAGCCACAUCGCCUCAAGUAUUCAUAAGGUAUAUUACAUAUCCUUGUGGUAUACGAAAUCACGUAAGAGCACAAAUGCCUAAGCUGUUAGAGAUGCGGUCCUGCACUUAGCAUGCAUAGUGCUUCUGUCGUGCGCGUGGUAGCGAUAGAUGCAUUGCAACUGUUUUAGAUUGUAGACGAGGAUGUGCUUCUGCACCUGUAAUGUGAUUGUGGUCUUACUAGCUUGACGAACGAAGCCGUAAACGGACGUCUGUGUUGUACGCAGUUGAGAAUAAAACAUGUUGAAAUAA